GGUGGGAACAUGGCGGCUGGGUGGAUAUUGAUAUUCGCAGUGUCACGGACAUCAACACGUUUCUGGUUUUAAUUUCUCGGAAUGGUAGUUUGACUAUGGUGAACUAGUUUGACAAUCUCUCGCAAAGAACAGUGUACUUAAUCGCUUGGUGACACUCAGUGAGCAAAAAUGCCGCGCAGCGGAAAGAUGGCCGUGGAGGAAACGGCAUUUUUCAUGUGUGACAUACAAGAAAAAUUCCGACAGGCCAUACGCUACUUUCCUGAAAUUACGGAUGCAGCCCAAAAACUGCUUCAAUUGUCUAAGCUCCUGAAGAUACCACUAAUCGUAACAGAGCAGUACCCAAGUGGUCUUGGCAACACAGUAGCUGAACUGGACAUUAACCAUGCUGUGGGAGUCCACCAAAAAACGAAGUUCAGUAUGGUAGUUCCAGAGGUGAUACGCUUCCUAGAUGGACCAAUUGGAAAGCAAAUAGAAGUCGUCGUCCUUUUUGGUAUUGAAGCUCAUAUAUGUGUGGAGCAAACAGCCAUGGAUUUGCUGGGCCAUGGAAAGAUCGUACACAUUGUAGCGGACGCAACCUCGUCUCGAAGUCAAGAUGACAGAAUUCUCGCAUUUGAGAGGCUCCGUCAAAUAGGCUGCUUCGUAGAUACAACAGAGAGCAUUAUUUUCAAGUUGGUGAAAGACAAGGGUCACCCACUUUUCAACGACAUCCGCCAGAUGAUCAAGAAUGUCACACACGACACUGGUCUUUCAAAGAUGUGACGACAGGAAAUGCUUGUACAUUAAAAAGCUUUAUUUUUACAACA